AUGGCGUCCUACGGGCAGAGUUUUGAAAGUGCUGAAAGCAUUGAAGAAAGAAAAGAAUAUAAACGAAAAGCUAGAGAGGAUGUUCUGCGAAAGGCCAAGGAGAAGUACGAGCAGGAGGAGCGGAGGCAGGAGCUGAAGCGGGCGAGGGGCGAGGACACCUGGAUGCUGCCGGAGGUGGACCUGCGGCUGCAGCAGCUGGACAAGGAGCAUUCAGGGAAAAGCAAAAAGAAGAAGGAGAAAAAGUCCAAAAAGAGCAAAAAGGAGAAGAAGAAGAAAGCUAAGAAGGAGAAGAAGACAUCAAAGGAGGAUGACUCCAGCGACAGCUCUGAGGACUCAGAGGAGCAAUGGGUGGAGGCCCAGCCCCAGCCAGAAAUCUCUGAGAAAGCAUGGAAGAUCCCGAGUGAGAAGAGCCCGGCUGCCAGCAACCUGACAGACACCAGCCAGCGAGAUGCCUGGAUGACCUUUGACUUCCUGUCCAUGAAAACCACAUCCACAGCAGAGCGGCGCGCUGAGAAAGAACAGAAGAAGGAGGCGGAGCGGGAGAAGGCGCGGUCCAUCGAGGAGGCCGGCCUACACAAACUGGAGCUCAACCCCUACUGGAAGGAUGGAGGGACUGGCUUACCCCCCGAGGAGGGUGCUGGGGCCCCUGUUAAAAAAGCGGCGUUGGUUGAUGACGGGGGCCUAAGCUGGCUCAGGAAGUCUUAUCAGCGCAUGAAGGAGCAGGCUGAGAGGGAACAGCGAAGUCUGGAGGCUGUGGUGGCGGAGAGAUACGGGUCCAUGGAGCAGUUCCAGAAGAGGCUGGAGGAGGCUGAAAAGGCUGCGUACGGACAGAGGAGGGCAGAGAGGGAGUCAGGUGGAGAGAGGUGGAGAAGACGGAGUCCCAACGUGUCCCAGAGGAGGUUUGAAAGGGACCGAGAGUCGUCCCCUUCCAAGGGCAAUGAGGAUGUGGACAGGGAACGAGGGCGGAGCGAGGGCAGGGGCCCUCGCAGAGACCGGAACGCGGACGGGGCACGAGACCCGCGCGGUGACCGCGAAGGCAGGCCCAGGGAUCGCCAGGCCGACGACGGGGACCGGAGACACAGGGACGACCGCCGGCCCCACAGAGACAGCCUGCCAGGGGCGUCGAGACGCGAUGAGCCGCCCCCGUCCCUCGGGUCCCUGAAGGCCAGGUUCCUCAAACCCUCCGAGAGGGAGGACGAUGUCGGGACCGGGUGGGGUCGAAAACGUGAGGCGGCCCCUGCGUCGGGCCGGAGCUCCUCCGGGUUCCUCAAACCCAGCGAUGAGGAUGGAGAGUCGGACCACGGCAGAACUCCAGCCUGGAAGAAGGCAAUCUCCAGCAGGGACUCCAGAGAGCCGGAGCCAAAGAGCGACUCUGUGAAAUCAGCUGAAAUGAAAGGGACUCCUGCUGACCUCAGAGACUUCAGAGCUGGAGACAGCCUGAGCCAGCAGCAUCAGCAGAGGGAGUCCGGCACCGCCCUAGUGAAGAGUCACAGUCCCAUGGAGACAUCACCAAGAGACCCUGGUGGCCCCGCCCGAUCCUCGGAAAGUGAGGAGGAAGAGGAGGAGGUCCAGAUCCUGAGCGACGAAGAGCUGAACAAGUUGGGGGCCAAGCUGGUGAAAGCUGAGCUGAUGGGAAACACGGCCCUAGUGGAGAAGCUCAAGGCACAGCUGGCGGCUGCCCGCAAAGCCAAGGAGAGCAGAGCACAGAAGGGCCAACCCCUAGGCCCCCCAGGGAAGAUGGAGAACAAGCAGGUGUUGGGACGUGCGCAUGAGGAACAGGAAGUGGUUCUUUUCAGGACAGACCAAGCGGGCCGAGCGUGGCCUGUCAAUGCCCCAUCAGAACCCCCGGAGCCUAAAGGAGGGCGCAGGAAGAGGAAGGCGAUUGAGACACACCGUGACGGGGAGCGCGUGAGGUACUUCCAGGACGACGACAAGGUAGACCUACAGGAGAUGGUGCGGAGAGAGAAGAUGAGCACGGCCGAGGACCAGAACGCCCUCUAUUCCCGCAUGGCGGCAAAGAUGAUGGGGAAACAGGACGGGGACAACUACACCCUGGACGACAUGUUUGUGUCCAGCGCGGCGCAAAGGGAGCGGUCGGGCCAGGACGAGGAGCGCCAGCGGCACAGGGCCGUGCAGGAGCACCGGCGCUGGGCCAGCAGCAUGGAGAAGUGCCCCUACUGCUUCGACAGCAAGGAGCUCCCCAAACACCUCAUCGUCGCCAUCGGAGUCAAGGUUUACCUGUGUCUACCGAACUCUGUGUCACUGGUUGAGGGGCACUGCCUGAUUGCCCCAAUGCAGCACCAUUGUGCUGCCACUGGCCUGGACGAGGACGUGUGGAGUGAGAUUCAGAUGUUCCGCAAAGCCUUGGUAAAGAUGUUUGAGGACCAGGACCAAGACUGCGUUUUCCUAGAGACCCACAUGAACCCAAAGAGGCGCCAUCACAUGGUGUAUGAGUGCAUUCCCCUUCCCAGAGAGCUGGGGGACAUGGCGCCCAUCUACUUCAAGAAAGCCAUAAUGGAGUCUGAUGAGGAGUGGGCCAUGAACAAGAAGCUGGUAGAUCUCUCCUCCAAAGACGUUCGUUGUGCUGUUCCCAAGGGACUUCCCUACUUUUCUGUGGAUUUUGGGCUUCAGGGUGGUUUUGCGCACAUCAUUGAGAACGAACAGAAAUUUCCUCAUUAUUUCGGAAAGGAAAUACUUGGAGGCAUGCUGGAUCUGGAGCCCAGGCGCUGGCGAAAGCCAAUUCGUGAAAACUUUGAUGACCAGCGGAAGAAAGUGCUUCAGUUUGCUAAGUGGUGGAAGCCCUUUGACUGCACUAUAACGGACAGUUGAAAUACUGGACCCAGUAUUUGUAUUCUCUAUUGCUGUAAACUGAUCUCCUUUUUAAUGUGGGGUUAAUCAAAUUACUGUCAA